AUGGUCGCUCUCAAACCACUCAUCCUCCUGGGACUUGUCGCAAAUGCGACUGCUGCAGGUCACGGCGAACAGCACGCCAAUGCGGUGCAUGCCAGGCAGGACUAUGGCAAGGGCAAAGGAACAGGCAGCUCUAAAUGCGGCAAGCUGAACUUUAUCUUUACCGGCGUACCAUGGGACCACCCAGCAAUCAAGGCUUCGGGUCGUGACCCGGCCAUGGUUGAGGCUGCCAUCAAGUACGAUAUCCAGACUAUUGUGCAAGCUGGGUAUAAUAUCAAGGCCGUCCUUGUGGGCCCCGAGAACCCCCUCAGCGACAUCGCAGAUGAGCUGGCCAACGUCCCCGGAGUCAAGGACUGGACGGCGACGGGAGUGGGCUACGGCCUGCGCGGGUCCAACGCGACGGCGCUGACGGUCAGGUUCACGGACGUGAUCCAGCUGUUCCGGGACAAGCAGCCGGCCGCACCCAUCCUGUUUAACUACUCGCCCGUCACCAGCCUGUGGGCCAUCCAGCAAAAGUUUCCGCUGCCGGCCGGGACCAACUGCUCGGCCGAGGGCAAGCCGGGCAAGAACUAUGGCAUCGCCAUCCACUGCAGUGCGUGCCCGCCGUCAAACUAG